UCUGUGUCCCUCUCUCUGUGUCUCUCUCUCUCUCUCUCUCUGCUAUGAUCUCUCUGGACUACCCCAUCCCUUAUGUCCUCUUCUCCGCUGCCAGUUUCGGGGCCGCUCGGGUGGUGAUGAGGACCUUCUCUCCGCUGCCCGGACCGGUCCAACGGGACGAGGUCAAGUCGUGGCGAUGGACGAACCUCAAUGUGUCUGUGAUGCACUCACUGAUCACCGGACCUUGGGCUCUGCUGUGUGUAUACCUGUCUCCUGAAUUGUUGACUGAAAUUCAGACGGCCUAUAACUCACUUUCUCACAUGCUUGUCUGCACUUCCACAGGUUAUUUUGUCCAAGAUGUGGCUGAUAUUAUCUUGAGUGGUCAGUCCAGGGCAUCGUGGGAGUUCCUUGUGCAUCACCUGGUGGUAAUUUCCACCUUUCUGUACACAGUGCUCACCAACCGCUACAUCGCUGGAGCUGUGGUGGCUCUGUUUGUUGAGAUAAACAGCAUCUUCCUACACACCCGUCUCCUCCUCAAGCUGAUGAACGCUCAGACCUCGCAACUCUACCACUGGAACAAGUACAUCAACGCCUUCACCUACGUGGUGUUCCGGCUCUCAGCCCAGCUAUACCUGACCUGGUACGUCAUGAGGAACAUGAGCACUCUCCCGCACUCCGGCUACUUCAGCCUGGCCUUGAAUUUGAUGAACAUAAUGAUCUCCAUUUACUUCUACCGCCUGAUCCGCACGGAUUUCUUCAGGAAACCCAAGCACCACCUGUACAACGGCAGCAACCUGAAGUUUGUGGACGAAUGAGAGAGCUCAGUGCGCUCAACGAAAAGCACUGACUUGAUCCAAAACUGCUGUACAGAACCUAGAAGAGUUGCACUGAAUGCACUACUCACACCCACCCCCCCCCCC